AUGGGAGAAAUCAACACUUGUCUCAAACGUACAUUCACCAUUUUCAAUAUCAUCUUUGCCGUUUUUGGAGGCCUCAUCAUCCUUCUUGCAGUCCUGGCUCAUGUCUUAACUAGCAUACAUGGAGCUGAUAAUCUGGAAAACCGUACCCUCAGUCUUAUCAUGCUGUACGUGGUGGGUGCCAUUACUAUGGUGAUCGCCGGUCUGGGAGCCUAUGGAGCCCACAAAGAGAAGAAGGGCCCUCUGAUUGCUAUGGAGCCAGUUCUGAAAGAGGCAUUCAGCAAGUAUUUGCCUUUGGACCAGGCCCCAGAGGAUGUACAGGAGAUGACUCAAGCCAUCCAGAGUGAGAUGCAAUGCUGCGGUCUCUUCAGCUACACUGAUUGGCGCGAUAACAUUCCGGAUUCUUGCCUUUGCCACACGGAAUUUGAGGAGUCUGAGUGUGUGAGGGUUCUCUACAAGGUAUUGAUGACAAAGAAGAUCUACGCCAAACCAUGCUUCCCCAUUCUGAUGCACUACGUUCUGCUGAUCGCUGACAUCAUGCUCGCUGUUUUCUUCACUCUGGGCACGCUUGCUCUGCUGGGGAUGGGCCUGUCCUCUCUCAUGAUUCACCAGCUGCGGCCAGAGAGCAUCUUAUAG